AUGCCAGGUCUGGAGAUGAGGACUGAUGGCCGCGCCCACCAGGCUGCGCACCCCCGAGAGCCUGAGAGCCUCCCCCAGGAGCUCUCAGCAGCUCGAAGUUGGGGUUCAUCCCGCCCACGCCCACCAACGGCGGCCCCGGCCCGCUAUCCCUGCCCACGCAGCGACAAUGCCUCGGUGAUAGUAGCCCCCUUUUCUUCCCAGGCUAGGGUGCCGCCGCCCCCCGCGACUCUGCGUCCUUUGUUGCCCGCGCGCCCCCAUAGCGCGCGUCCCCAGAGCUGCGCCUACCUUGGAGCUCCAGCAGCGACCAGGACCAGACACCCCUUCGCCUCCUUUGGGUCCGCGCGUCCCGGAAACGAGGAUGCUGCGCCCUUCUCCGCACGCCGCUACUCAAACCUGGUCUCCGUGCUCCGAGUCCGGGCCUCGCACACGAUCUACGGCCAGAAGAGGAUAGAGGGAGGGGCCGAUCCAGUAAGCCGGGCUUCUGCCUGCGCGCCCCGAGGCGGAGCCGAGCCGAGCCAGGAGGAGCCGAGUCGACAGGAGCCGAGCCGAACGGGGCGGAGGCGAGAGGAGCCGAACGGAGCGGAGCCGAGCCCGGUGGAGCCCUGCCAAGGUGAGCCGAGUCCAGCCGAGAGAAGCCGAGCGCCAGGAGAGCUCAGCGGCCGGAGAGCGAACAAAAGGGGCCGGCGUAGCGGCAGGCGCAGGAAGGCAUUAAAGAAACUUAAAGUUCAAACUCCACUGUACGGAGACUCUGGCUUGAAUGAGGCUCAUUGACUCUGUCCAUUGGAU